ACAUCUUUCAUCCCGCUCUCGACACUGCGCCCAGUGUCCGGUCUCUCAGACUGUCAGCCGGUCGUGUGUUCUCCGUAUGUUAUAUGUAAUUUCGUAUAUUUGUAUUACGUAUUAUAUGUGGUGAAGAAUUUGAUGUGAAAUGCACUGUGUAGUGAUCUGUGUUUGGUGUUUUUGAAAAGAAGCAUUCAUGAUUCAGGAAUCGCAGUCAGGCAGCGCAGAAAGAUGGAGCGGGUGUGGGCCAGAACACAAUCUGGCUCUCCAACAGAUCCUGAAGCUCCAAGAAGCAAGAGCGCUUCACAAGACUUCCCUUUUACCAAUAUACAAGAAAAACGGUCUUCCAUCACCCCCAGGGGCCAAACAGGAUUAUGAACAAAUGAAGAAUACAGAAUACGAACACCUAAAACUCGAAGCUGAAUUCAGACGACUUAUGGAAAGAUCAGCGAAAGAUAUACGCAACAACGAAUCACUUAAAUACUUUCAACAUGUGAUGGAAGCAAAGCAAAACUUUGACUAUUUGAAGAGCGUCCAAGAUAAUGAAACUAGAGCUAAUAAUGUAGACAAAGAUGUAGAAGUUAAGAAAGAAAAAAUGACACCAAAUUGCAAUAGGCUCUCUCCUGACCAAACACGUUCGCCCCAAACAACCCCAUCCGCAGAAGCCUCCCCCAGUCACAGUAUCCAUUUGUCGACCUCAUCAAGCCCUCUAUCAACUACUAGUCCUGUCAAUUCUUCUCCAUUAAAUCAUCUACAAAAUAUGCAACCAUUUGACUUUAGGAAGCAUAAAGUUAGUGAAAAUAAAGAAGAACAUAGAAAAAAUAACUACAAUAUUAUGACCUCCACAGAGAAAGCAGCUAUGGAUGUGAUGAGAAGCCAGUUCUUUAACUUUCAACUACCAAAUAACCUACCCAUGCCACCAAUAUCAAUGCCUUCAACGUUUACUCAUCCUGCAGCAAUGGUGGCAGCUCUCAGCCAAAAUCCCAUGGGAUUAGCAUCUCUACAGGCACUUUUACCACAAAUAUCUGCAAAACAAGCCGAAACAUCUGAAAGUCGACUAAAUCAUUCAAACGCUAAAUUAAGAUCCGAUGAUGUCAGAUCUGAUGAUGAAAAUAUCCUUAACCUAAGUAAGGAUGCUUAUGUUGAAGCAGCUCAGAAAACGCGAGAUAUGAUGUUAGGAAAAUGUAUUAGCCCACCGAAAAGACAAUGGGGUGCAUCUCAAAUGCCUCUUAAUUUAGGUACUCAAUUUAUUAAUCCUACUACUGGUAAGAAACGAGUACAAUGCAAUGUGUGCCUUAAAACUUUUUGUGAUAAAGGUGCCCUAAAGAUUCAUUUUUCGGCAGUUCAUUUACGUGAAAUGCACAAGUGCACAGUAGAAGGGUGCAGUAUGAUGUUCAGCUCUAGAAGGUCAAGGAACAGGCACAGUGCUAAUCCAAAUCCAAAACUGCAUUCACCUCAUUUAAGAAGAAAAAUCUCACCACACGAUGGAAGAAGUGCUCAAGCUCAUCCGGUCUUGAUUCCUCCACCUGGUGCUGGUUUAAGCAUACCACCAGGAAUAAAUCCUUUGCAUCCAUUUGGAUCAUACCCACUUCUCAAUCCGUCACAGAGUAUGAGGCAAUAUACAUCAAACAUUCCACUUGAAUACAAAAAUAAUCUAAAUUAUUCACCUUCAAUGGAUAUUCCUCAACAUAUGCGUCGUGAAUCCAGCUCUGUUGAGAACAAAGAGCUCGAUGGUAAUGGAGAAUCUGAUGAAGAUGACGGAAUUGUGGUUGUUGCUGGUGACGACGAUGAUGAUGAAACUGAUCACAUUGAUACAAGUGACUAUUAUUCAAACCUCAAUAAAUCUAUAGGGUCUAUUGAUGAUUCUGAAGCAGAAUAUGACCAAAGAAGUAUCAGUGACAAUAAUGAACAUUUAGAUAACAAAGAUGUCAGUCCUGAAGUAAUGAAGAGGAAAAGAAAGAAUUUCAAUCCGACAAAACUGAAAAAUGAUUGUAACGAAGACAACGAACAUAAUGGUAAAAGUGACGAGCACGUCAAUGAUGAAGAUAGAGUGCUAAACCUUAAAAGAGUCAAGUGUGAAGAAAAUGAUACUGGUAGUAUUAACUAUUCAGUUCCAUAUGAUAAAAUUGAGGACCUUAAAAUUAAGCAGGAACCUCCGUCAGUUGCCCCAGUUGAAACUACUGAAAUAAAUUAUAGCGCUCAAGACUUACGAGUAAAGGAAGAACCUGUUGAUAAAACUGAUUCACCUAAAUCUCACGAGCCAUAUCGUCUUCAUAACGAUCAAUAUUCGUCUGAAAAUUCCUUGAAAAGGUUAGAAAGAUUAUCAAAAGGUGAUUUUCCUAAUAUUGCCAAGAAAAUUGAUACACAUAGUUCUUUAGCACCUUUCAAUCUAAGUGUAAAUGAUAAUAUAGAUUUCUCCGAUCGUUCGCCGUCGUCGUCAGUAUCAAGUUACGAUUAUGGAUCGGACGAUAUUCAAGGUCAAAUUUACGGCCAUUUUGAUAGUGGCUUCUUUGUAACAACCACUGAUGUUCCAAUAGACGUUGAUAACCCACUUAAAUGUAGAGUUUGUGAUAAAAUGUUCCAAAAUAUUUAUAUACUAAAAACUCAUUAUCAAAAUGCCCAUUUAAAAGUAAUGUACAAAUGUAACCACGAAGGUUGUAGAGCUUCUUUUAACACUAGACGAAGUAGAGAUCGACACAGUUCAAAUAUGAAUCUGCACAGACGAAUUUUAGCUGAAGAUUUGAGGAUAUUUGAUGAAUCACGACUUUUAGAUAGAAUUAAAGAACAGAUGGAGCUUUUGGUGAAAUUGAACGACGAAGAACGCGCGUGUCCAUACAUUGAUUCGCAAAAAUACUAUCGCGCUAGAGAAACGGAAAAACCAAAAAGUCAUCUGGGAGCUAUGCCUUUUAGUACACCGUACCCACCUCUUCCAUUGCCAGAGAGCUAUUUAAACGGGCGCGACAUGUUUAACCAACAUCCCUUCCUAUUUACACCAUUUGGAAUGCUCCCAAAUUUCCCUCCCUUGCCGUUUGGUUUCUUGCCACCUAGUCUGAACGCGUUUGGUUGCCAAAAUCCAAAUUAUUCGCCCCCUUUGGCACAAAAACUUAACUACUGCGUGGAGGAUGAGGCGCCACGACCGAAUAAGGACGGUUAUUACCAGUGCCGCGGCUGCAGAGAGUGUUACAAAGACUUGUCAAGCUUGAAGUUGCAUUGUGAAAGUGUUCACGUACAGCUAUUGCACCGGUGUUCAGUGAGUGGCUGCAAUGCUGCGUUCUUCUCAAGGACUAAAAGAAACAUUCACAGUGAGGGUCAUGCUAAUCGCCGGCAAAACGGCAGAGCCCAGCCUACCUCGUGACCCGAAUCUGUGAAUAUGUUUAUGGGCUGUUAAACACGGCCAAAUAUCCAGUGCAUUUGUGAUGUUAAUUAGAUUUAUCAAAUAGUUUUAGUUAGAUUUAUAUCUUGUACAUGUCCAGUACCUUUGAAUUCUCAAUACAACCAUGUUGUAAAAAUAGCGAGAAAUGUGUAUUUUACAAACAAAUCAACAUCAUUUGUGAUUUGCCUUUAAGAGCUUUGUAAAUAUUUAAUAUUGUAUAAAGAAUCACUUUGCAAAAGUCCAUAAUACUCUAGCAAGGAAAAACAAGCUUUCGUUGCUAUAAUCAAUAGGAAACACUUUAUCUAUACAAACUGAAGCUGAAAAGAAAGUGAAUACAUACAAAAAUUUCAAUACUUUUAACUUUGCAUCGCGGAAUUCCGCAAAGAAAGUUGUUGUUCCUUGGAAAUUGUAAUUUUCCUAUUAUGGCGGAGUUUUUGAAACGCAUAACUAUUAAGUAAUUAUUUAAGUAGUAGAUUAAAAUAGCUUUCCUAAUAAUUAUAAUAAUAUAACCUAACUGCUAAACACUUCAACAUUCCAUAGUUAAUAUUGUGCAAUAAAACUGUAUAUAUCAUAGCUGUAAUUAUGUACAAAUUUGUGGCUGAAAAUUCUUAUAGAUAUUUUCUUUUGAAACUUAUGUGAAUAAUAUAGAAAUUUACUAUUUAAAGUCAAAUAUUAUAUAGUAUGGGCCUUCCUGGAUUUGUAGAUACGAAACUGUAAUGUAUUUUUUGUUUUUUUUUUUUUAAUGUAUGCUUCAUAUUACAUUUCUAGGUAAUAUACAUUGAAUGCCUACUAGUUGGUAAAAUUUGCAAAUCUUUUGAAAUAUAAUGAUUUAUUUAUUUUGCUAUCAUCCGUGAAAAGUCGACGAACCCAUGCGACAACGUCACCCAGGUCCGACAAAAUACUCUCUCUACGUACGUUUCACCCCGAAACCGGAUGAAAUUGCACGUUGUAGAGUCAACAUCUCCUGAGGAUGCUCCGGUUUCGGGGUGAAACGUACGUAGAGAGAAUAUUUUGUCGGACCUGGGUGACGUUGUCGACUUUUCGCGGAUGAUAGCAAAAUAAAUAAAUCAUUAUAUAAUCAUGAUGAACUUCCGCAAAGUAACGCCUGCUUCUAUCCAAAAUCUUUUGAAAAUCUAAAAAUAGUCGAAUAUUAUGUUAAAAUUCUAUCAUCUUACAUGAACUUUAACUGUUUUUACUUAUUUAAUUCGUUGGGUAAUGUACCUACCUAUAAACCUACUCAAACGUGGUUAGGCCCAUAUUGUCGUUAGCGGAAAUGUUUACAGAAAGAGAAAACGCGAAUCUAGGCACCAUCAAAAUUAUGAGAUUCAUAAAAUAAGUAAAUUAGCAAAAUGUGUUACCCGAUUGUUUACCUCGAAUAGCAUUUUCACUGACGAUAGGCUAGUUUGGCGCUUAGUGCAUCAUUUUUUUUUAAUUCGUCUGAAAAACUGUUUAUUAUAUCGCUAAAUACAUAUAUAUACUUACAAGACUUACUGGCAUCCGAAAAUAUAUGUAGAGGGGACAAUAAAUGAGUUAGAAAUACUCAAAAACAUUUUUUUACCUGAGAUUUAUGUUUACAUUAAUUUUGAAUACUAUUAAGCGAUUAUGAUUGAUUACUUAAAAUUAACGUAAACAAAAAUACACAAUAUCUGAAAAAAAAACCUUGAGAUUUCUUUUUUUUUUUAAUCUACAUUGAAUUUAAAUUUUUGUUAUUAUUUUUUCCUUUUUUUAAAAUCGUAAAUAGGUCUAACUUGUAUGAGUAUUUUAUUAGUCCUUAGACUUAAUCUAACUCUAAAAUAAAUAAAUAAUCAAAGUGAUUUUAGUCACUAGAGUCAAACUAGCCAUUAAGUAUUAUAUUAAUGUGUUGUAAAUCCAUUUUAGGCCUAUUCUAGCUACAAUAUUUUGGUGCUAAACAACAAAAUUAUAAUUUCAAAUACUUAACGAAUAAACCAAUAAUAUUUACUAGGCUACAUUUAAUGUAUAUAUUAAUGAUGUUACUUUGCAGAAAUUCCUGAUGUGCAAAGUAGGCACUUUGCAAUUGUAUAAUUAUUAUUAUUUGCCGAAGCAUUUACCUGUAUUCUAAAAAAGAUCAAACACUACCAUCAUACCUACAGUAGGUAUAGUUAUUCUAUUUUUGGUUAGUUCUCCUACAGAGCUUAACUUCAUCGCAUUAUAAUAUGUACAUAAUUAUUAAAAAUAGCGUUAAAUGUUGCCUAGUGAAUAAAUAUCAUUACACAGACAUAAGUAAAAAGAUAGACGGAGUUAUUGGUUAAGUUACUCUUCAAAAUGUAAAAAAAGUAUGUAACUAAUAACACUUGAGUGUCUAAUUUGUAUGUUCUUCUGUGUUAUAGAAAUCAAGAUUUCUUUAAAAAUUAUAUUUUACUCUGAAAAGAUAAAAAGAACUACCUGAAUUUAGUAAAAUUUGAUACAUAUCUUUUUCUUUGGUCUGUGUUAAAUGAUAAGUGUAAACAACUGUUAUAAUUUAUCUACUUUUGAAAGUCUUUUUGGCUUUAGAUGUAGUGGUAAACUAUAUAAUUUGACAGAAGACAGAUAUAGCGUUGGUGUGUAAUAUUGAAAGAAUGUUCUUAUGAAACAAACCAUCAGUUUAUAUAUACAAAGGUGCUUUGUCUGUCAAUACAUUCAAGCCAAACGGACUUUCUGGAAUAAAUUCACUAUACAUUAAUAAUAAUUUAAAGUAUAUAAUGUAAGAACCAAAAAGUAUUACGUAUUUAAGACGAGUGUAUCCAACGCUCUGAGAAGCAUUUUAUUCUUCCUUUUGCCAAACAUUACUAAGUAUAUGAAAUAAAACGUUUAAAACAAUUACAAUAUGUAAA